AGCAUGAUCCCAAUAAAGGCAGUGUGAGAACGUGCCAUGUUUUCAGUUGUCUGCAGACCUCUGAACUCUUUGAGAGGACCCAGCACGGUGCGCAAAGUUGCAAUGGCAAUGUUGGACGCUCUGGUGAAAAUCCCCGAUGCAGAGAUUGAUCCAGAAGGAACCUUUAAGUACAUUUUGAUCAGAGUGAAACUGAAAGAUGGCGAUGCUUUCAAAGACAUAGUCCGAGGCACAAAAAGUGCACAAUACCACAACCAUAUAUUCGAGAAGGUCACCCCAGCUUUGGAGGCCUUGGGAAUGGAGUGCCGAUGCCUUGGAGGAGGGAAAAUAGAGCACAACAGCCAGGAGAAAAAACUAAGGGUGUUUGGAGAAUCAACAGCCUUUGGGAAGGCAGACCAUUCUGUGUCUGCUGACAAGCUGAGGACUACCUUCUCCGGCUAUGAGGUCACCUGGUCUGAUGACACAAAAUAAGACCCUAAACCUGCAAUUUAUUUCAAAAGUUAUGCAUUUGUUUCUCAGACCUAGUUUGGAUUCUGGAUAAUUUUGCUUUGGCCCUCAUGUGCAACAGUCAUUUGUUCAAACGCAUAAUGUCUGCCUUCGUAUGUUUACUUCUGACUUGGAAAAUAUAUAUUUCGACUUAUGAAGGGUAUUUAUGUUAUAUUAUAAAAAAAAAAACAUGUCAUAUAUAUUUAUAUUCAUGGCCCCUUUGUGUUUUCUCUGCUACCAAAUAUAUUUAAAAGCUAUGUUAUGAAUACUGAGGUCAUCCUCAAAUAUGUGUAAUUUUUUUUUUUAGAGGUUGAUUGGCCGUGUAUUCAAACUGGAGUCCUUUGCCAAGCGUAAAGUCCAUGCAGGAAAGGGUGAGCCAGUUGAAAUCACAGACAUAUCCUGUUGCCCUGAGGGAAAGUUUGUUGGAAAAAAGAGAGAGACUUUGACUUUCCGUUAUGAUAAAGACACUUUCGUUUGUGUGUGCUCCAAUGAUGACUGAGUAACUUCCACUGAGGGGAAAAUGUCACUAUGUAGUUUGAGAUUUAAGCCAAUAAAA